AUGAAAAAAUCGACAAGGAAGAGGACUAGUAAUACUAGUAAAGCAAGCAGUAAUGGGAAUGGAGAUAAAGUAGAGCAAAGCCUUUCUGUUGCGAGUAGUGAUGCUGCCAUCAUAGAAGCAGAUGCUGUAUCUGCCAUUCAAAUGACGACUUUCCCAAAAAGUCUACAAUGCUCUCAUUUUAGGGACUUUGUCAAAUGUAAGGCAAAACGAAAGCAUAAUGGCAAUUGUAUUGCAAAUGGUCAUAUUGGCAUUGAUGAUUAUGAGGAACUGGUUGGAUUGAAUGAAAAUUUAAUAGACCUUGGGAAUGGAAAAUUGAAAUUCGAACAGACACAGCAUUGUACAUGUUGUGAAAACCCCUUCUCUUUGAUAGAUGAGGCAGUAAUUUGUUCCAAUUGUUACCACAUUUUCACAGUUCAUACAUUUUAUGAGAAAAAGUCCUCUUUUGAGAAAGCCGAACCGAAACAACUCAAAUAUUGUCCUAAUUGCAAAGAUAAUGCGAUUGUGUUUCACUUAACCUAUAAGGAAUUCUUUUGCCUUGAGUGUUUUGAUUUUAUUACUCUCGAUUUUGAAGCAAUCAAGUAUAUCCUAUUACCUUGCCUUUUCAAAUCUGCAAAUCAAGAAUUGCCAAAUGAAAAACAAGCGACAAGCACAAAGAAAAAACGAAAAUUUUCACAUCCUAAAAGUGGAACUGAAACUGUACCUCACAUUUCUGUUGGAGAGUCCAUCAAGUCCAUGCUGAAGAACAACGUGCAAACACAAACGAAUCCUCUUAUUGGACUACGAGGAAUUGUAAACUUGGGAAAUACUUGCUUUAUGAAUUGUAUAUUACAGACACUAGCCCAUAAUGUGUCACUACGCAACUAUUAUUUAUCAGGAGUUUAUUCUCAGUUAAUUGAAAAAGAAAUUGAAAAUGACUCCAAAUGUAAAAAUUUUGAAGAUAUUCAAACAUACUUGAAAAUGAGUAGAGCCAUGAAUAACUUAUUCAAAGAAAUGUACGAUAAAUCAUGCAACGAAUUAGAAAAUUCGAAUAUCAAAAAGAGAUCCAGUAACGGAAAAAGAAAAUCCGAUACAGUAGACGAACAACCAAUAGUUUUACCAUACGUUCCUCAUCAGUUUCUAUACAUUAUGUGGAAUAUUGCUGGACACUUGGCAGGCUAUCAACAGCAAGAUGCACACGAGUUUUACAUGGCCAUCCUCUCGGCCCUUACUCCUGCCAAACUUCCUAACAACCGUAGAAACCUUAUUGAAGAUUUAUUCACUGGAACCUCUCAGUCAGAUUUAAAUUGCAAAAUUUGUUCAAGCAUCUCUUCGACGGUGGAAGCAUUUAUGGACAUUUCUCUUCCUCUCAAAGCCAAGAGCGGUGACACGUGGAUAGAAUUAGAAUCCUUAACAGAAUGUCUUGAAAGAUAUACAAGAGAUGAAAAUUUAGAUAUCAGUAGUUACUCGUGUAAAAAUUGUGGAUCACAAGGGAACUUUUCAAAACAGAUUCGCUUUAAACGGCUGCCAUAUGUUCUUUGUUUUCAUCUUAAAAGGUUUGAACAUUCAGAAGUUAACAGAAAUCGAAGGACUGCAGGAGUAAGCUCUAAGAUUGAUUGGUUUGUUUCAUUUCCUUUGCAAAUUGAAAUGAAAGAUUUCGUGGUUGGCGAGGAUGGUGGUGUUCCUGAUAACAAGUACUCACUCUUCUCCGUGGUUUGUCACCAUGGAGAUUUGAGUGGAGGACACUACACGUGCUAUGUCAAACAUAACUCACGUUGGUUUUUAUGUAAUGACUCGAGUGUAUAUUACGCCAAAGAGUCAGACGUUUUGAAUUCGGAGGCUUAUUUACUCUUUUAUGAGAGAGCACGUUGA